AUGUUCCUUACACGUUCCGAGUAUGACCGUGGUGUGAACACCUUCUCCCCCGAGCUCGGUUCCACGACCGUCGGCAUCACGACUCCGUACGGUGUUGUUCUCGGUGUCGAGAAGCGUGUGCAGUCUCCCCUGCUCGAGUCGUCCUCGAUCGAAAAGAUCAUGGAGAUCGACCGGCACAUUGGCUGCGCGAUGUCUGGCCUGACGGCGGACGCGCGCACGAUGGUCGACCACGCCCGCGUCACCUCGCAGAUGCACCAGUUCACGUACGACGAGGAGAUCGGUGUCGAGUCGUGCACGCAGUCGGUGUGUGACCUGGCGCUCCGCUUCGGAGAGAGUGUCGACGACGAUGAGGCUCUCAUGUCCCGACCAUUCGGUGUUGCGCUCCUCAUCGCCGGUGUUGACGACAACGGACCCCAGCUGUACCACACCGACCCCUCCGGAACGUUCGUGCGGUAUGAGGCCAAGGCGAUCGGUUCUGGUUCGGACGCCGCCCAGCAGUCGCUCCAGGACUCGUACCACAAGGAGGCGUACAGCCUUGCGCUCAAGGUGCUGAAGCAGGUCAUGGAGGAGAAGCUGGACGAGACCAACGUCCAGCUCGCGCAGGUCACGGGCGAGAAGGGCUUCGAGAUUCUCGGCGUCGAGCCGUUGCGCACUGCGAUCGAGUCGAUCACCGCGUAA